AUGAAAAAUAGUUUUGCCUUCGAAAUGGCGCCUCAGUGCCUAGAUCGCCUGGGUGGUAAGCUGGAUUGUACGUUUAGACCAAAGCAGCUUAAAUAUAAUAAAAGCCCCAUGAUUUCGGUCUCGAUUUCAAACAUAUCAAUUCGUUCUGCAAAGGGGAAAAAAAGUCAACGUCAUGCUUUUUCUUCAUUUUGUUGUUUCUGGAGUGUUAAAGAACGUGGCGGCGAGAACAUCAUCAGACGAAGCACCUUACGCGAGAGAAAAACGACCAUAAACUUAACACGAUGCGGAAAGCUCGCUGUCAACAAGCAUUUUCGUAAAAGCGGAUGUAUGUUGAGUGAUGGUUAA